AUGGAAUUGUAAAUACCAAAUAAAAAAACCAACCAAAUCAGACCAUCGAUGUUUCUGAAUAAUUUAGAUAUGAACUCAAUUUUUCUAAGUCCAAAAUUGAAUCCUUCUGAUAUCGAAAAAGCUCCUUUGCCCACUCAAUAAAGAGUGAAUAAGAAAAGAGAUGUUACUAAGCUGCCUGCUAUUAAUGAAAAAUCCACAAUAUUGAUCAGUGAUAAAGAAUCGCUUGAAAAUAUUUUUUAAAAUGAAUAAAAAAGCUAUAGAUCUUCAUUAAAAGUAUAAUUGCAAAUAGGGGAGAAAUUAAAGUUACCAGAAAUAUAAUAUUCAUCUCCUUAAAAUGAAAUGAAACAUAAAAAAAAUUUAACGGAAGGAAAUUUAGUAGAAAAGAGAGUUGAAUUUCGAACAUCCAUAUUGGUGAUAGAUUUUAUUAAUUAAGUGAUGAAGAAAGAUAAAAUAGAUGGAAGUGCAAAGCCUCUAAUUCGAAAAGGUUUACAAAGACAAUAAACAAAAUUUCUAACUAAAUUAGCAUGAAAG